CGGUCACCUGCCCCCCCAACAGCCACUAUGAGAGUUGUGUGAGCGUCUGCCAGCCCCGCUGCGCUGCAAUCCGCCUGAAGAGCGACUGCAACCACUACUGCGUGGAGGGCUGUCAGUGUGACACGGGCUAUGUCCUCAACGGCAAGAGCUGCAUCCUGCCCCACAGCUGUGGCUGCUACUCAGACGGCAAAUACUACGAGCCCAAGCAGCUGUUCUGGAACAGCGACUGCACGCGGCGCUGUCGCUGCUUCCGGCGCAACCUGAUCCAAUGCGACCCUCGCCAGUGCAAGUCGGACGAGGAGUGCGCGCUGCGCCACGGGGUGCGCGGCUGCUUAGCGGCGGGCGGCGGCGUCUUCCGCACCUUCGACGGCGCCUUCCUGCGCUUCCCCGCCAACUGCGCCUUCGUGCUGUCCACCAUCUGCCAGAAACUGCCCGACAUCUCCUUCCAGCUCAUCAUCAACUUCGACAAGUGGUCCUCCCCCAACCUCACCAUCAUUUCCCCUGUCUAUUUCUACAUCAACGAAGAGCAGAUUCUCAUCAAUGACCGGAACACUGUCAAGGUGAAUGGCACUCAAGUCAAUGUUCCAUUUAUAACUGGGUUGGCAACGAAAAUCUACAGCAGUGAGGGGUUUCUGGUGAUCGAUACCAGCCCUGACAUCCAGAUACACUACAAUGGUUUCAACAUCAUUAAGAUCAGCAUCAGUGAGAGGCUGCAGAACAAAGUGUGUGGCCUCUGUGGCAACUUCAAUGGGGACCUGACUGAUGACUAUGUGACCUUGCGGGGGAAGCCAGUGGUGAGCAGUGUGGUGCUGGCCCAGAGCUGGAAAACCAAUGGGAUGCAGAAGAGACCUCUCGCCCCCAGCUGCAACGAGCUGCAGUUCUCACAGUAUGCAGCCAUGUGUGACAACGUGCACAUCCAGACAAUGCAGGGCGAGGGUUACUGCCUGAAGCUCACAGACAUGAAAGGCUUCUUCCAGCCCUGCUAUGGGCUCCUCGAUCCCCUCCCCUUCUAUGAGUCCUGCUACCUGGACGGCUGCUACAACCACAAGAAAUUCCAGCUGUGCGGCUCUCUGGCUGCCUAUGGGGAGGCCUGUCGCUCCUUCGGCAUCCUUAGCACCGAGUGGAUUGAGAAGGAGAAUUGCUCAGGAGUGGUUGAAGAUCCCUGUGUGGGGGCAGACUGUCCCAACCGAACCUGCGAGCUGGACAAUGGAAGAGAACUGUGCGGGUGCAUUGAGCCACCUCCUUAUGGAAACAACUCACAUGACAUCAUCGAUGCAGAGGUGACCUGCAAGGCGGCCCAGAUGGAGGUGUCCAUAUCCAAGUGCAAGCUCUUCCAGCUAGGCUUCGAGAGGGAGGGUGUGAGGAUCAAUGACAGACAGUGCACUGGCAUUGAGGGGGAAGAUUUUAUCUCCUUUCAGAUCAACAACACCAAAGGGAAUUGUGGGAACAUCGUGCAGUCCAAUGGCACUCAUAUCAUGUAUAAAAACACAAUCUGGAUUGAAAGUGCCAACAACACUGGCAACAUCAUCACCAGGGACCGCACGAUCAAUGUGGAAUUUUCAUGUGCUUAUGAGUUGGAUAUCAAGAUCUCCCUGGACUCUGUUGUGAAGCCUAUGCUAAGUGUCAUUAACCUGACAGUUCCAACCCAAGAAGGCAGCUUCACCACCAAGAUGGCACUCUACAAAAAUGCUUCCUACAAACAUCCUUACCGCCAGGGGGAGGUUGUGUUGACAACUCGGGAUGUGCUGUAUGUAGGAGUCUUUGUGGUUGGAGCUGACUCUACACAUCUGAUCCUCACCCUCAAUAAAUGCUAUGCCACCCCCUCCCGUGAUAGCAACGAUAAGCUCCGAUACUUCAUCAUCGAAGGAGGGUGUCAGAAUAUUAAAGAUAACACCAUCGGUAUCGAGGAGAAUGGAGUCUCCCUAACCUGUCGCUUUCACGUCACUGUCUUUAAAUUCAUUGGCGAUUACGAUGAAGUCCAUCUCCACUGUGCAGUGUCACUCUGUGACUCAGAGAAAUACUCCUGUAAAAUUAAUUGCCCACAAAAUUCUAGGAUUGCCACAGAUUAUACAAAAGAACCCAAAGAGCAGAUCAUCUCAGUGGGGCCUAUUAGGAGAAAAAGACUGGACUGGUGUGAGGACAAUGGAGGGUGUGAGCAGAUUUGCACAAGCCGGGUGGACGGGCCUCUGUGCAGCUGUGUGACUGGAACUCUGCAGGAGGAUGGCAGGAGCUGCAGAGCUUCUAAUUCUUCAAUUGAACUUCAAGUUUGGACACUUCUUCUCAUCUUGACCCAGAUUUCAUUAUGGCAUUUUGUCUAUAAAUCAGGCAUGACCUCGUAA